AUGGCGACCAAGGUGGAGAUCCGCAUCAAUGGCCACCCCCCGGGGGCACUGGCCGGGGCCAGGGAGCAGCUGCUGGCGGCCACCAGGGACUACAUCUCCCACCCAAGGCUCACUUACUGGACCGUCUGCGGAGUGAAUGGACCACUGGUGGUGCUGGACAAUGUUAAGUUUGCCCAAUAUGCCGAGAUCGUCAACUUCACUCUUCCGAAUGGGACGCAGCGGAGCGGCCAGGUGCUGGAGGUGGCCGGGUCAAAGGCCAUCGUCCAGGUGUUUGAGGGCACCUCUGGGAUCGAUGCGCAGAAGACCUCUUGCGAGUUCACGGGGGACAUCCUCCGCACCCCGGUUUCCGAGGACAUGCUGGGUCGCGUCUUCAACGGUUCCGCCAAGCCGAUUGACCGGGGGCCAGUCGUGAUGGCCGAGGACUACCUGGACAUCAAUGGGCAGCCCAUUAACCCCCACGGGCGCAUCUACCCCGAGGAGAUGAUCCAGACCGGGAUUUCCCCCAUCGACGUCAUGAACAGCAUCGCCAGGGGACAGAAGAUCCCCAUCUUCUCCGCUGCGGGGCUCCCCCACAACGAGCCGGGCCACUUUUUCGUAGCAGCCGUCCAGCUCCUGGCGCAGGGAGCGGUUCUCCUCGGAGAGGAUCUCCACCAUCUGCUGCGCCCGAGAGACGAUGGCGAAGGGGUCCACCGGCACCGGCUGGUAUGGGGAGGGCGCUGGUGGGGGCCGCGGGAGCCCCGAGUACGAGUCCCCUGGCUGGUGGUGCUGCUGCUGGUGGUGUUGCUGUUGGUGGUGGUGUUGUUGCUGCUGCUGGUGGCAGAGGCGGAAGAGGUCUCCCUGGUGGAGCUGGCCCGCGAGGAAGAGGGGCUGGGCACCGGGGGGUGGGCUGACCCUUUGCACAGUGGGUCGCCCUUCAGUCCUCACCUUCGGGUUGGAGACCCCCGUGACGUAGAAAGCGGCCCCAACACUGGCGUGGGGCUGGCCACGGAAGUACUGCGACUGGACCUUGGCUUCUUCGUAGGUGGGGAGGUCCUCGCUGUUUGGGCCUCCGCCACGCGGGGAGAGCUGCUUCUCCAUGGCGCCCACGCCGUCCAUUGGGAUCUCCUGCCCCUGCGGCUCCUGGCGUGCCACGUGGGACCCAGUUGUGUGCUCCGAGGGGCCCAGGCUUUCCCCGGGGCCCGACUGGGGUCCUGCGCCACCUGCCGCAAAAGGUGCCCCCACGUUGCCCGCUGUGGCUUGCUGAUGCAGGGCCAGCAGGGUGCGGCUGUCGCUGGGAUUGCCAUAGCGGAGCUGCUCCUGAAGCAAUUGGAAACGGAAAUCCAGCAAGUUUCGGAGGCCUACAAAAACCUGGAGAAGUCGUCCUCCAAGCGGGAAACCCUGGAAAAGGCCAUGCGGAACAAGCUGGAAGGCGAAAUCCGGAGGCUUCAUGACUUCAACCGGGAUCUCCGAGAGCGCAUGGAUACAGCCAAUAAGCAGCUGGCGGAGAAAGAAUUUGAAGGCUCUGAAGACAACCGGAAGACCAUCUCCCAGCUCUUUGCACAAAAUAAAGAGACCCAGAGGGAGAAGGAGAAGCUGGAGGUGGAGCUGGUGGGGGUCCGUUCCGCGAACGAAGACCAGCGGCGGCACAUCGAGAUCCGCGACCAGGCGCUCAACAACGCUCAGGCCAAGGUGGUCAAGCUGGAGGAAGAGGUCUCGGCCGCCCGAGAGGAGGUCCCCGGCCGGAGGGGCUUCCCGGGCUACAUGUACACUGACUUGGCCACCAUCUACGAGCGCGCCGGUCGCGUGGAGGGCCGCAACGGCUCCAUCACCCAGAUCCCCAUCCUGACCAUGCCCAACGACGAUAUCACCCACCCUAUUCCGGACUUGACGGGUUUCAUCACCGAAGGGCAGAUCUAUGUGGACAGGCAGCUGCACAACAGACAGAUCUACCCUCCCAUCAACGUCCUGCCGUCUCUCUCGCGUCUGAUGAAGUCGGCCAUCGGGGAGGGCAUGACCCGGAAGGACCACGGAGACGUCUCCAACCAGCUGUACGCCUGCUACGCCAUCGGGAAGGACGUCCAAGCCAUGAAAGCCGUGGUGGGAGAGGAAGCCCUCUCGGCAGAUGACCUGCUCUACCUGGAGUUCCUGCAGAAGUUUGAGAAGCAGUUCAUUGCCCAAGGGGCCUAUGAGAACCGGACCAUCUUUGAGUCACUGGACAUCGGCUGGCAGCUGCUCCGCAUUUUCCCCAAAGAGCUGCUGAAGCGCAUCCCGGAGAACAUCCUUGCGGAAUACUAUCCCCGAGAGGCAAAGGGCCAGAGCGGCUCCGACACCGCUUUCUGAGGUCUAUUUACACAAGAGGAGGAAGGAGGCCGAGCAUCCGGAUCCAUGCGCAAAUGGGAUGGCCCUCCCUCCAAGUGUUUUGGACUUCAACUCCCACAAUUCCUAACAGCGGUAGUGUUCCACUCCAGGUCAGGAAGAGCCCUCUGACUUUAAAACACACUACACGAAGAGUGAAGAAACAAAUCUUCUUUUCUUGAAGCUUACAAAAUAGCCAGAAGAAAUAAAUGCUUGUAAGAA